AUGCAUGCAUUCCAAGCAUGCACGAGUGGGGAAAACUUGAAGAUACUUGACUUGCAUUUGUACUUAGAACUAUCAUCAUCAACAAAAACACUUCAACUGAUUAAGAGUCUGAUGCUCAGUGCAAUGCCACCAUUGACAAGAGCCAGACAGACAGGAAGAGAUGAUGAACAAGUGGCUGCAGCCACAGGUAACGGUCGAGAGGAAGGAUGGCUCAUGCAGGUAGUCAGGAUCCUCCAGCUAGUGAACCCAGCACUGAUGGCCAAGGAGGCAAUCAUACGGGCUAUGGGCCUUGUUAGCAUCAGUGGCCAGACCCCACAUGGAGAGAUGGAGAAGAUCCCCAAGGAUGUAUUGAGUUCCAUCACACACAUCAAGAAGCUCAGCAAUAGCAACUGGCAUACUUGGGAACCAACAUUCAUCAACUGUCUUCAGAGGGUACACAAUGCAAAGGAGAUACUAUAUGGCAUUAUUGCACCUGGAAGCGAGGAGUACAAUGAAGAUCUGGACAAGGCCCUCGUGGGCCUCAUCCAUGCUUGUUGUGACAACAGCCCAGACAGUUGCAUCGACACCUACACUGUUAGGGGUGCAGAUGAGGAGGUCCAACUUGGCAGCAUGCUGUAUGCCAAGCUCAAGAAAGCACUGACACUGAACGAUGCUGUAAAGCGAGCAGGACUGCAGGAUCAUAUUCACAUGGUGUGCUUGCACAAUCGAGACAUUGUCAGGCUAGGCAAGGAACUUGAUUCAAUCUGGAAUGAUGCAGCACAUCUCAGAAAGCGCUUUGACAAGGACCUCAAGAAGUCAACUCUCUAUCACUGCACAGCCCAAGAUUGGUUCUAUGCCAACACCAUCGAUGCACUCAAGACAGCUAAGCCAGAUUGUGAGUAUGAUGAAGCCUACCACACACUAGCAAAGAAGCAGCAGGAUGGCAAGAUCUCUGGCCACAUUAGAGGGGCAGCCAGGGUUGCUGUGAGUGCAGAGCAGGGGGACAACAACCAGGCAGAGCAGGGACCAAGGGGCAGAUGCGAUCCCUGCAACCCCUCAGCCCCUCCGAAAUGCUACACGUGUGGAGGACCAAACCAUAUCACCCACAAUUGCAUGAACAACAAUAUGACACAAGAAGCAAGCCACUAG